AUGACUGACAUACUGGUCUUCGUGGAUGCAGCCAACUUCUGGAAUGCAUUUCCCCUAGUAGAAGAGAAAUCAAUGCAGGACCACCGAACUUAUACUCUUGUGUAUGACAGCGGUGCAAAAUGGCCUGUAAAAUCCUCCGCCAUUAAGCUUCUCUAUCAGGCUUUUUGUCACUAG